AUGACUUCUUACAUGCAAUCCUCCUUUAGUAUUCAAACUAAAGCCAACUUUGAUUUUUUGCAACAGCCUAGUGAUUCUGAUUCAGAUAGCGAAUCAAAACAAUUUCUUAAAGGAGCCUAAUAAUAAAAUUAGGAAAGAGAUUUAAAAAAAUAAAAGAAACUGAUUGAUAUAGAAUCAAUUAAAAGUGAGUUAGAGAUGAGACCAAUAACGGAGAAUACAAAUCCUGAAAAUUAUUACCGCAGACAUUCUAGGAAGAGUAUUGGGGCAUUAACAAAUAUGAUAAUACCAACAUCAUCUAUUUUGAUUGAAUAAUUAAGUUAACUUAAAAAGAUAAAGGAAGUAAGAAAAGAAGUGCCUCCUGAAUUGUUAGGCCGUAUAAGAUAGAAUUCAAUUAGAUUUUAAUCAGUGCCUCAAUUGAAUCCAGUUUAUAGACAGGGAGAUCAAAAUAAGCGAUUUUAUAUAAUAUUGGAAGGGAAGGUGGUAGUAAUGAAGCCAAAAGAGAAGAUGGUUGGAUCUAAUAAGUUGGAUUACAUUGAUAAUUCAACAUCAAAACCUGCGAAAAAGACUGAGCAGGACCCCUACGGAUUGAAUAAUGUAUUCCCAGACUACAUUAUAUUGAAAGUACUAUUUUAAGGAGAUUCGUUUGGAGAGGCAGCUAUUAAGUUGGACACCGCAAGGUCAUCGACUGUUUAUGCAUUAGAAUAGACUCACCUAAUAUACUUAAGUGAAAUGGCAUAUUUAGAAUUGAUUAACCCUUAUAUGAGUGCUGCAUUAGAUAAUAAAAUUAAUUACUUUUCCAAAACUCCACUCUUUUAGUUUAUUGAACCCUAAGAAUUUAUGGGCAUAAUUUUAGAAUGUAAAUUGAUAACCCAUCAUGCUGGUGAAAUCUUGUUUAAAGAAGAUGAUAAAGCAACUCAUAUCUAUUUUAUUAUCGAUGGGGAGAUUGAAUUAUCCAAGAAAGUGGGAGAAAAACGAAUAAUUUUGUCAUCAUAUGGAUAAUAUUAAGGAUUCGGAGAAGUUGAAAUUAUGUUAAAGAUCCCUCGAUUCACAUAGGCCAAAGUUAUUACUCCAAAAUUACACGUCUAUAGAAUAAGAAAGAGAUAAUUCUUUGAUAACUUAGGUAAUUAUCAAAUUUUUGAAACUAUGAAAAAGAAUUCAAAUAUUAUAUAUAAGCAUUGGUAAAAUAGAUGUGAAGCUGCUUAAUAGACAAUUCAUCAAUUGGACGAAAUCUAUAAGGCUGCUUAGGAUGUCUAAUAAAAUAAACCAAAUUUUAAGGCCAAGCAUAUUCUUAAUAAGAAAUUGGUGGAAUCUUAAGGAUAGAAGUUGUCAUAAGUGAAAUUAUUGCAGAACAUAACAGAUGAAGAUUUAAGGAAUAUCAAAAUAGUUAAUACUCAAAAUUAAAGUGUGUUAUAGAAAGUAUACAGCAAUACGUUGCAAUAAUAUUAAGCUCGAUUAUUAAAGAAGCCUCAAGCUGUUUAAUAAUCUCACGAUGAAAAUUGUAUUAGAAAUCCAUUCACAAUUAAAACACAAGCAGAUAUUUUGAGUGAAAACAGCACAGAAUUCAAUUCAUUAACAACUCGUUCAUCUUAGCCUGUGGUUAAGACUGAUAAUGUUAUUCCCUCUUAUGGGUAAUUACCAUCACUUCAUAUCCCAUAAAAUACUCCUUUAUAAAUAGUUUUUGACACUCUUAGCACACUUCCUAGAGUAAAUAAGGAUAACCUUGUCUUAUCUUUAAUGUAUUAAUAGGCUUUCAAAUCAGAGAAUCCAGAAAAGAAAGCGAAAUAGAUUUAAAAGGUCAUUUAAGCAUCUUAUAGGAAUGUUUCA